UCAGUGAUACUGCCGUCGUGGUUGAGUGCAGGCGAGUGAACUCCGUCCGUGUGUGUGCGCGUGCUUACGUAUAUCAACUGUCGGAUUUGUAUAUUCCGAUUCCAGGGUUUUGGUGGAGAAAAAGAUUUAGUUGUGAAGCUGUUUGAAUGAUCUGAAUACCGUUUCAAGACUCUAUGAAGGAUUUCCUGAUGUGAAAGCCCAGUGACGUGUUACUUUGAAACUAUUAAACAUUACAAAUGCGAAACCGAGAGUGAAAUUGAGCAUCUUAAUUUCUUCGAUAUCGUCUAAAACAGAUAUUGUCUAGUUGAAAGUUCCGAUACUGUUGGAUGAAACCUGAUAUGAUAUCAGAGAAACAUUGAUACUACACUCUCCAUCCACUACACGGUCCUGAAACAAAAUGUAUAUUUUGAAAACACUCGUGGUAUUCAUAGCAGUGGUGGCCGCUACCUCUGCAAAGAAGAAAGACAAGAAGAAAGCCAGUGAGAGAUUCACUCCACCACCAACUCCUCCAGUGCUGAAAGAGGAACUUAAUAUGUGCGACCUUCAGAAUCAACGAGAGCUAAAUAUUUACUGCCACUGUGACUUCGUGGAUCUCCAAAAUGCAACUACGGCGAACUGUUGGCUUUUCAACAAGGGGGAACUUCCAGACGCUGCAAUCUGGGACGGUUUCAAAACUCAAAGCAAGAUAACCAAACUAGACUUCCACAUCAGGACGCAAAACACCCUAACGUUUAUUCCAACCAGAGCUUUGUCACACCUGAGAGAACUGAAGACGUUGGAGAUCGUCUAUGCGAGUAUAGACACCGUUGACCCUUUUGCGUUCGCAAACCUAACUCUUCUUCAAGACUUGGCGUUGACCAGAAACGGCAUUGUCACUUUGAUGCCGUACUCCUUCAGCUACCUUCCGGAGCUCAAGGUCAUCACACUGGGAGAGAACAGGAUCGCAGAACUGCAGCGGGAUGUUUUUAUAGGACUUCCGUCCCUGAGGAAGCUCUACAUUGACAGGAAUAAUCUCAGUGUUCUUCAUGAUCGGGCGUUCUCCCACCUUACCCACCUGGGAGAGCUGGAGCUGCAUGGGAAUCAGCUCACUGUGGUGACCAGAGAGACGUUUGCUGGCUUGGCAUCACUCAAGAGGCUUGAUCUUCACCAGAACAGCCUGACGAUGCUGGGAGAUUACACAUUCUCAGAGAUGCCCCAACUAGAAGAGCUGCUGGUAGAAGGCAACAGCAUCCAAUAUAUCAGCGAGCGCGCCUUCUCAGGGGUGUCCGGUCUCAACCGCCUUGUACUCAGCGAGAACAAGCUGCAGGUAUUGAGUGGCAACGUGCUGUCGUCAGUGCCCAAAGUAAGAUUCCUGGACUUGAGAGAUAACGGCUUGAGGACUCUGACAUACGACACGAUCAGCCCCAUACUACCCAACCUGAGGAAUGUCACUUCAUACUUCUUUAUUGAAGGAAACCGAUUCUCCUGCGACUGUCGGCUGGCGUGGAUGCACACUUUGCUGAACGAAACACCCAAUGAGCACGUCCGUAACGUACUCGAGGAACUAACGUGUUUUUGGAACGACUCGGACCACCACCCGGUGGAGGGGGGAGUCGCGCCAUUGACGUCACAUAGUCACCGCCCCCACCACGUGGAGCCCAAUGACGUAAACGGCUACGAGGAGGAUGAAUACGAGGACGAAGACCCAGGAUCCCAGAAACACUUCUUGGACAUCCCAGUGGAAACACUUCCAUGUCCUGAAGCUAUGAAGCACUCUACAGACGCUCCUCUCACGGCAGACACCCGCCACGAAGGCUUCCCUAGUGGGUCUCCUCUUCUUCUACCUCUGCCUCUUCUUCUACCUCUGCCUCUGUGUUCCUUGUUCGUCGUAGUGUCUUUGGUCACGUGAACCACCUUCUCCCCGACCUCCGAGAGCUGAGACUGAUACCUGUGUAUAUACAACUCGCAACGUUUUCUAACAUUUUGUACGUUUCUUGUUGUUAAGGUGUUUGGGUACUUGCCUUUGCUUGGCCGAGUUUCCAGACUGGACCAUCUCGAUUAUUGUUUUCGAUGUACAAUAUAAGUGUUCUAGUUAUUUUGAAUUGUCGGCACUGAGCAAAAUUGGUGUUCGUCUAAAAUGUUUUAUCAGGGUUACUAAGGACAAUUAUUCAGGAGAUUUGCAUUUUUGUAUUGAAAACAAACUAGGUGGAUUGGCUUUCAAGAGUCCAUCAAGAAACUAAAAUUAAACUUAUUUCAUUGCGAUCGAACCAAAAGAAAUUCUAGUUUAUUAUUUAGCACAUCACUUCACUAUGUUAAACGUUGUAAAUAUUUUUCAACAAAGGUUAAUUUGUACUGCAAUGUAAAUAUGAAAAAGCUUCCUAAAAAAAUUUUGCAUUUUUUUAUUUCUCGUUUUCCUUAUACUCGUUUUCUAAUAUAAGUUAUCUUUAAAUUCAACAACGAUUCAAAAACACUAACUCUUUUGAUUAAUGGUUAUGUUGUUUAGUCGGAUGAAUGUGUUUCAUUGAGAGCAUAUGUCUCAUUAUUAUUGUUUCUAAAGAUUAUUGUAACAUUCCAGAGAGAAACUUUGGUAUUGUAUCUUGUGUACAUAAUGCUAUGUAAAUAUAACACUAGCAAAGCCUAUGCUAACAUGUAAAAAAUAUUAAUAAUGGGGCCCUUUUUUAUGUAUUAUAAUUUUAAAACUUCAAACUUUUAGCUUCCCUACCUUUAUUUAAUGAGGAAACGGCAACAAAAUAAUAUAUUAAAUUAGCUUCAUAUUUUUCACCAAACAUGUACAAAUAGCUCUGAAGCGUAUUUUGCUAUCCAUACGAACUGUGUAUUUGUAAUGUUUCUCUUUUAAAAGUGCACGCUACUUCUGCAGGAAGUUUGUACAGUUUGUUACGGUUUCGUAAUCUUUUCUUCAUAACUGUAUAAUGUAUAUUGAUUUCAAUAUGAAUAUGUGGUAGUAAGUGUCACCAUCUGCUGAUUCUAAUACAGAACACUGUAAAAGUCCAUAUAUUUGUUACUUAACUGAAAAUAAAGUCCAAAUGUGUUUAGUUUUCAAUAAAUGUAUUUCUAUGUAA